CAUCUCUUUGUCUUUAGAUGCUGAAGGAGUGUACAGCUGUGUGGAUAGUGAGUGAUAUCAAUCGGGCCGUAUCUGACAAAGCUGCCUGGGAGAUUCUCAACACCAAUAUGACAGACAUGGAGCAGGGAGGAGAAUGCAUCAGCAUUGCAUUCAUCUGCACUAAAAGUGAUAAAAUGGAGGCACAGUCUUAUAUGAGCUCAGAGGACCUGACAGAUGAAGAUCUGAAAGCCAGCAAUAAAUCUGAGAGAAUACGGGAGUGUAUUCUACACAGGAAUAACAAGGCCAAGGAUCGAGUGGGGAGAAAGGCAUGUGAGAAGUAUAACAUCCAACCAAGAGUGUUUACUGUGAGUUCACAUGAGUUUCUGUCAAAAGAAUAUCUGGAACAAAAAGACACAGAGAUACCAUGCCUGAGAGAGGGACUGAAGACCUUUUACGACAGUUACACCAGAAAGAUGGCUUCACAGUUUUUGUCAAGUGCCAUUGGGAUCCUGCACCUCUUUCAAGCCUCCCGAGAAAUGAAUGUAGAUAGAUCCAAACUGCGCGCCGAGCUAUCACAGAACCUGGAGGCUGAAUUGCUGUGUUUGAGAAUGGAUCGGUUAAGUCCAUGCCUGUAUCAGCUGGAGGAAUGCAUCUCACAGGGAGUUCAGAAGGCAGCAGAAAAAUGUGUUGCCAUAGCACACCAUCAAGUGAAAAUACCUGAUGGAAAGGAUGGACGUGGUUUCCACCAGACUCUGUCAGCCUUGUGCAGGAACAAAGGCUAUAUCAGGUCAAAUGAUGGAGAAACAAGAGACGUUAACAAGGCUUUGGCUGUAGUUAUGCGAAACAGCAUCAAGGAGGAGUUCAACACCUUAUUCUUAAAUAAGGGGAAAACCGGGCAGUCUGUACAGGAGAAGAUCAAUGAAUUCAGCAUCUGCUCCAUCAACGUAAGAGAUGGCUACAGCAAGCCAGAAGCAAUGGAUCACAUUCUGCACUUUAUUGAAAAGGAGGAAACCAAGCUGAAGGAGAAGGCACGUGGAUUCAUUUUGAAGACAAAGAAAGAUAUGUACGCAUCAAUCGAAAAUACAAUUAAAAACGAGAUGAUUCCUGCCUAUGAAGAGGCUCAUGCAAAAAUUGGAACAAGGUCUAUGAUAGGGAAGACAAGAGUGCUGCUGGAAUAUGUAGAGAAGAAAAAGGAAACUAUGUUCAACAAGGCAAAGACAGAGAUGUUGUCCUUGUUCAAACAAUUCAUGGACCAGAUAGAGUCAGAUUUCAGAAAUACACUGCAGAAAGCCAUGGCAAAUGCAUUGUCUGAAUCACUCUCCACUUUCACCAUGGAUGUCAGCAGUGACAUUAAGAAGAUGGAGGAAUUAUACUCUCAAUUGUCUGCAGCAGGGGACUCCAGACCUUCUAUAAGACUGAGGACUAUCUAAAUGAUGAACCACUGAGAGUGGUACCCAAUGCAUUUGUCAUGG